UCACCGGCACCACAACCCUCAUACACUCCUUCUUGGCUCCUUCUUCAUUUCUUUCAAAAAAAAAACUGAAAAUGGAGGAAGAACCCGCAAGAUCUCCUCCUCCAACUACCUCUGAGUGUAUAAUCUCCGUCCCCAAUUCCCCUUCUUCGGAUACAAUCACGGAAUCCGCUGCUAACGGGAACGCAUUGGCGCUUUCGCUGUAUGUUCAGCCGGAAAAUGAGCCCUUGCCGGUUCCGUUGAGGGUUUGUUACCCGGAUUCCGAUUCCCCCGCCCCGAUUACGUCUCCAAGAAGGUCCUCGAGGUCCACUUCUAAUAAGUAUAAGACUGUAUCUCCUGCAUUGCCCUCUGCCGCUUCUAAAGCUACUCCGACGCGGCGGCUCUCGUUGACUUCGGCGGCGGCGGCGGAUGCUGCUCAGACUGUGGGGAGGAUGUCUCUGGAAUUUCCGAACAAACGGCGUCGUAUUGGUGCGGGGGCGAGUGAGCAGGGUGGGGAAGUAACGGUGGUUAGAAGAUCCCCGAGGCUCAGUCAAACGGAAGGGAAAUUGCUAGCAUUGCCGGAGCCUGAGGCGAAACCGAAACGUCAUUCAAGUAAGAAGGGGUCAAAGGAAGUCGUCGCGCAUGUCGGGGCUCGGAAGGAACAACUGGAGAAAAGUGAUUCUGAGGGGGGCUUGAGAUCUCGGAAAGUCAAGCCCGUUUCGAUUGCAUUGUCUGAUAAAGGAAACAAUUCGCCUAAGACGACUUCAAAGAGAGAGGCUUUGACUGGAGAUAGUGAAGGUGAGCAGAAAUUCGCUUCUCCUGAGAGAACAGCUUCCGUUACUAGUGAUUUAGUUCGUACAGAUGACUUGACGGAACAUGUUUCUAGUGAAUUAUCUGAUUCUGCAGAAGAAAGUGAGUUGGAGGAAGGAAAUUCGGGUGUAAAGUGUUUAAGGUCCAGAAAAAUUCGGUUUCCAGUGGUUUCAGAACAAAAUGCAGCGAAAACACCUGCAUUCAGUAAUGGGUGUGGUGUUGAUAGUAAAGAUUCAACAAGCAAAGGAAACGAGUCAUGUACUUCCUCAAAGAGAAAGGAGAAGAAUAAGAGGCCAGGGGCGUGUUUUAUUGGGGAGCCUAUACCUGCAGAAGAAGCUCAAGAGAGGUGGCGAUGGCGGUAUGAUUUAAAGAGUCAAAGAAGUAAAAAACAAGGGUGGAUACUAAAUGCUGAUGAAGAAGAUGAAGUAAUAUUGAACGUGGAUUGCCAUUAUGCUCAAGCUAAAGUUCUUAGCUUUAUUUUGAAUAUUGGAGAUUGUGUGUAUGUAAAGGGUGAAGGUGAGAAAAAACAUGUUGGCAGGAUCCUGGAGUUUUUUAAAACCACUGAAGGAGAAGAUUAUUUUCGGGUGCAAUGGUUUUUCAGAGCUGAAGAUACGGUUAUGAGAGAUGCAGCUGCUCUACAUGAUAAAAAACGUUUAUUUUACUCCACUUUAAUGAAUGACAAUUUACUUGACUGCAUUAUUUCCAAAGUAAAUGUUACAGAAAUCUCACCAGGGCUUGGUUUGGAAGUCAACAAUAGUCCACCAUCUGGUUUCUAUUAUGACAUGGAAUACUGUGUUGAUUAUUCAACGUUCCGUAACUUGCCAACUGUACAAUCAGUCAAUAGCUGGGAUUCACCUUCAUUAAUUGAUGCAUCAUACAAGCCCAUUACUGCUUAUCCAGUGGAACAUUUUAAAAGUUGUGAACCCAGUAAAGUGGAGUUGUCACUACUAGAUCUCUAUGCUGGCUGUGGUGGGAUGUCGACUGGAUUGUGCCUGGGUGCCAAGCUCUCUGGUCUAAAUCUUGUGACUAAAUGGGCUGUUGAUUAUCAAAAGUCUGCUUGCGAUAGUCUGAAAUUUAAUCAUCCUGAGACACAGGUUAGGAAUGAAUCUGUUGAAAAUUUUCUGAAGCUACUAAAAGAAUGGGAGAAGCUCUGUAAAGAGUAUGGAAGUGAGCCUAAUGCAGGCUCUGAUGAUGUGUUAGAGGGCAUGGAAGAAGGUGCAGAUGAUGCUAAUUCUCUGGCAGAUUCUGAUGAUUCAGAUGCAGAAUAUGAAAUUCUGCGCCUGGUAGAUAUCUGUUUUGGAGAUCCUAAUGAUACUGGAAAGCCCGGCAUACAUUUUCAGGUGCGUUGGAAAGGGUAUGGACCUAGUGAAGAUACAUGGGAGCCAAUUGAUGGGCUGAAAGAUUGUCAGGAGAGCAUUCAUGAUUUUGUGAGAAGGGGAAAAAUAUCUAAACUACUACCUCUUCCGGGUGAUGUUGAUGUGAUAUGUGGGGGCCCUCCAUGUCAAGGUAUUAGUGGCUAUAAUCGCCACAGAAAUGUCAGUGCCCCACUUGAUGAUGAAAGAAAUCGACAAAUCAUUGUAUUCAUGGAUGUUGUUGAAUUCUUAAGGCCUAAAUACGUUUUGAUGGAAAAUGUUCCUGACAUAUUGAGGUUUGAUAAAGGAUCUCUUGGAAGAUAUGCUUUAAGUCGUUUGGUGCAUGUGAGAUACCAAGCAAGACUUGGCAUUCUUGCAGCUGGUUGUUAUGGUCUUCCACAAUUUCGGUUACGUGUUUUUGUAUUGGGGGCACUUCCUAGUGAGAAAUUACCACCAUUUCCACUUCCUACGCAUGAUGUUAUUGUCAGAUAUUGGCCUCCACCUGAAUUUGAGCGGAAUACUGUUGCUUAUGAGGAAGGACAACCUCGUGAACUUGAGGAAGCCCUUGUUCUUCGAGAUGCUAUAUCUGAUCUUCCAGCUGUUACCUGUCGUGAAGAUCGUGAAGAAAUGCCAUACUGUAUGCCCCCAGAAUCAGAUUUUCAGAAAUAUAUUAGAUUGCCUAAACAUGAGAUGAUGGGUGCUACAUCUACUGAAGUCAGAGAAAUGAAAGAUCCUGUCUUAUAUGAUCAUCGAUCUCGUCUACUUUCUGAAGAUGAUAUCCUGCGAAUUUCUCUAAUCCCACACAAGAAGGGAGCAAAUUUCUUGGAUUUUCCUGGGGUCAUCCUUGAGAAUAAUACUGCACGUCGUGAUCCAAAUAAAGAUCCAGAGUUACUACCAUCAGGAAAGCCACUUGUCCCCGAUUGUCUUUUCACUUAUAAGCAAGGAAAGUCUAAGAGGCCAUUUGGGAGAUUGUGGUGGGAUGAGAAUGUGGCAACCCUAGUGACUUUCCCCAAUUGUCGCAGCCAUGUCGUCUUGCAUCCUGACCAGGACCGAGUUCUCACUGUACGUGAGUAUGCCAGGUUGCAAGGGUUUCCUGACUUCUAUAGAUUUUGUGGAACCGUCACUGAAAGGUACUGCCAACUAGGAAACGCGGUAGCUAUUCCCGUUGGACGUGCCCUGGGGUAUGCACUUGGAAUCGCAUUCCAAAGGUUGAGUGGCGAUGAACCGCUGAUGAAAUUGCCACCGAAAUUUGCCUUCUUGCAGCCCCCAGUAGACGAAAUAGUGGAAGUGAGAAACUGAAUGGUUUCUCAUGUAAUAUUAGAAAACAUUUGUGAUGUAAUAUGUUGUAUCCAGGAUAUCAUAUGAUAAUGUACUUGCCUGUAUGAGGUAUUUAAUUUGUUUGUAUUUUCCCAUUCUUUGGUGACUCGUCCUGUGCAGGGUGCGUGCAGCUGCCGUGCAAGGGGAUGGCAUAAUGAAUUUUUAUUGAGAUAUAAUAAUUGUAUUUUUAUAGAAUCUCCUAAAGACAUCUUUGAUGAAUGAUUUUUUUUUUUUUU